GACUUCCCUCGAUCACCUUUUUCGUCUCCUGCUCUCCUCUUAAAAUUUCUUUUAAUGAUUGGAAGAUGGCCAACAGCAUGUGCUCCUCGCCGAGGGAUCUCCCAUCGGCUGUAAAGCUCAGGCACUUCUCAAGCCGCGUUCGGAUUUUCAGGCAAUAUCCUUCAAGCAUGAGAUCAUUUAGUGAGAAGAAAUUUGUGUAUAAUCCAAAAUUGUUAUAUUAUGGAACGAGGUUUUUUAACAAUAGGGCGAGAUGGAUGAUGAUUGUGGCUCGGACUGAUAGUAAGAAUGUUGCUGCUGAAUCAAGCAGCUCAGAGUCUAUUACCACUGAAGACACGAGCACAUCUGAUCAGCAAGUUACAGGCAUGGAAGAAGCUCAACCUCAAAAGCCAAAACCUGUGCUGAAGACGGCACCUCUACCAGCAAGGGAGAAGCUAAGAGCAGCAAGGGUUCUCUCAAAGUAUACUGAAUCUAAACCCAUAAAACCGGCAAUGGGAAGCAAAAUUCUGGAUGCAUUAAGAGAGACUGACAAAGGCAAGAAGCGCUCUGGCCUCCCUGAAGCUCCAACGAACUUGUUUGAUGACAGCAAUCGUGGAUUAGGGCAGGAAGGCUGGAAGUUUCAAUUGCCUGGAGGCAUCUCUCAUGAUAUAUAUUCACAUAAAAAAAUCGCCGUCCUUCUCCAAUACGAUCUGAAGAAAUUAUUGCAUCUUCCAAAAUGAAUUCCGCCGCCUCCAAAAU